AUGCCGAAGUACUAUUGCGAUUACUGUGAUACUUUUUUAACCCACGAUUCGCCAUCAGUUCGUAAAACGCACAAUGGCGGACGAAAGCACAAGGAAAAUGUCAGAAUGUUCUAUCAGGUUUUUCAAAAUUCAUUUUCUCCAAUGUCUCUUUUUUCAGAAAUGGAUGGAAGAUCAAGCGCAGAAACUCGUCGAUGCUACAGCCAGAGCUUUCGCAACAAAUAGAGUUUUUUUUUGUGAAGCAGAAACUAUUAUUUGAACAAAUGAUUCAGAUGGCUGGAGCAGUACCUCGUACGACGCUGGGAAUGAAUGCGAUGCCGCCGCAGAUGCCGCGGCCGAUGAUGCCUCCAGGAAUGAAUCCGAUGGGGAUGCCGCAGAUGGCGCCCAUGGGAAUGGGUUUCCACGGACAAGGCGUUCGUUUCUUUUUCGCAAUAAAAAACACAUUUAGAAGUUGAAAGUUGAUGGAUAAGGCCUUGAAAGCUAUUUUAGCUAAAUACCGCUUUUUCCAAUAGAUAAGCCUCAGGGCCAGAAACCGGUUUUUUUCAACGGAUUUUCACGAUGAACUUACUAACUGAAUUUUUUCAUCAAAAAAUAACCGAGUCUUGAACAAGUGCAGAAGAGCUGCGCCUGAUUCUGAUUCGAGAAAAAUAGUUUCUCGUUGCAAAUUUCAUUUCAGAAAAUUAGUUCAUUUACGGAUCAGUAUUACCUGACAUCUGAUCUGGAAAAAGAUUGUAUAGUCAAUUUUUCCGAAUUGAAAAGCAAAAGAGGCGGGACGCGCAGCGUGCGCCUACGCGAUUCUUGGCACAAGUUCAAUUCAACCGCCAGCCACUAUUUGGAGGGAUCUUUUAUCGCUCUUCUCAUUUCUUUAUUGAUUUUUUCAUUAGUGCAUUAGAAAAAAAAAGAAUAGGUUUUAUAACAGCGGUGACCGGGCUCUUCAAGCAUUCGGCGGGCUUUUUAAAUGUUCGAUUGAAUUGAACUGGUGCCAAAAACCGCGUACGCGUUUCGUCCAAUCCUCUGCCUCCCUCGCUUUUCAAGUCGGUAGGGAUUGAAUAAAAGUUUUAGGCACAUUUUCCGGGAGGAGGUGUAUUGAGUGGAAAAUAUUGAGAGCAUCCGCCGGGAACUAGAACCUAUUAUUUAACGGAAUCUCACAAGACUUCUAGAUGCCACCGUUCGGCGGUCCGCGACCAAUGCCUCCAGGAAUGCCGGGGAUGGGAGGUCCGGGCAUGACCGGGAUGUCUCCGAUGCUCCGAGGAGCGCCGGCGCCUUUCCGUCCGCCGCCGUCUUCAUAG